AUGAAGAAUCACAUCGUAGAAGCACUGCUAACAGCCAUCGUCCGAACCAGGCAUCCUCUUAGCCGAGCUGCCACGAGACUCUUGAAGUCAUCAUCAUCGUUGACAUUCAAGCCUACUGUGGCUGCACUACCACGAUGCGCCCUUUCUCUUCCCUCUGCGCCCCCUUUUGCGCAGCGCCGAUUAGCUCUUUCGUCCAGUCUCCAGACACGAUGGAACUCCUCUUCUAGUUCACCUACACCGCUGGACCAAGAAAAAGCAGAGGAAUCCCAAGUGGAUCGACCUGACUCGGUCCGGCCGGAAGAAAAUUUGGCGAAUUUGAGGAGCUCCGAAGCGCCUAGCCCUGAGAGGGCGGGGAGGGAACGAGGCCCUGCCAGAGCGGAAUACGAGUCCGAGAAACCUGAGGAAGGAAAGCGGGCGCGGCGGCAUCAAAUGCUGAACAAGUCGCUAAAACGCAAGGAGACGGUGUACGUGGGCAAUCUGUUCUUCGAUAUGACGGCGGACGAUCUCCGGGCGGCGAUGGAGAAGUUUGGGGUUGUGGAGAUGGCGAGUAUUAUUCAUGAUAACCGGGGCCUGAGCAAAGGCUUCGGUUAUGUCCGCUUCAGCACCAUCGAAGAGGCUGAGAAGGCUAUCGAACAACAGCAUAUGCAGGUGCUCGAAGGAAGAACUACUGUUGUGCAGUUUGCCAACACGGCGAUGUCGCGUUCUGAAAUUGACAAGACUGCUCCGACCUUCACGCUGUUUAUCGGCAAUGUGCCCUACGAAAUGACGGAUCAGGAUGUGAAUGCCCUAUUUGAGGAUAUCCAUAAUAUCGUCGACGUGCGCAUUCCCGUGGACCGCCGCUCGGGCAUGCCUCGUGGGUUCAUGCAUGUCGAGUUCCUGGAUGUUCCCAGUGCUGUCCGGGCCAAGGAGAUGUUAUCGUUGAGGGAUCCCUAUGGCCGCAAACUGCGGCUCAAUUAUGCGGCACCUAUGAAGAUGCAGCAGCGGAGGUCCAUUCCCGAGGAGCCGGAGAUGUAA